UGUUGUUCCCAGAAAGACUCUAACAGCCCUUCUUCCCAUUUGCCCUUGUCUGUGUCCCCCACACCUCUCCUGUCCCCACCCUGGCUGAGCCUCUGCCCAGCCUUCUGCUUCAUUUUGCCUGCCUGGUCCACAUCCUUUUCUCAACUCAGAUGUUGGCACGUUCCUCCCUAUCUUGAUGGGGGGCCCUACUGAUCUUUCCUGCAGGAUGGGAGCACAUUCAUCAGCAUUUAUGCUUUGAGAGAACCAUCCAUAAUAGCUUUCCAUGCCUUGUAUGGUUUCAUUUUAAUUGCCUUUCUGCUGCUUUGAUCUAUUUUAGUGUUUUAGUUCUGUUUUGAACCCUGGAGCCACUUCUACAGGAUGUGCAAAAUUUAUGUUUGUUUUUUAAUUGGAGAAGUCACCGUAUCCACAUCAACUGGGAAAGACUGAUUUAAAAUGGAUGAGGACCGCAAAUACCUCAAUAGUGGUUUUUGGCAGGCAGUUUCAAUCUCACCGUUGUUUCUGCCUUUCUUGUACCUGGGAGAAGUGUUGGGCUCCCCUUGCUAUCCUAUGGUCAAGAGAAGGAAGCAAAGGAUGUUCUUGUAGAAUUCUCAGGUCCUGUGUUCAGCUUGUGCUAACUGAAUGGAGGCUGUGGCCUAAGUGCAGGACAGGUGCUGCUUAUCAGGCUUCCAGGCUAUUCCAGGUGAAUUGCAAACAUUUGUGCUUCUCACAGGUUUAAGCUCAUCUUGAGGGCCCCUCUCUUUUCUGGCUUCUGCCUUUCUUCCCCAGUACAGCUGACUUCCCUUGGCAAAGGCAUGCAAAUGCAAGUAAAUUUUGGCUCUGUUGAUAUUUUGCUGGUUGUGCAAUAGGAAAACAAUUUUUUAAAAAAGAAGAGGUUUAAGACAGUUUGGUUAAUCUAAGCCUGGCUCAUUUUCAAGUUGUAGAGAAUUCUUUAUGUCAGCAAGUCAUGAAAGGAAGGAGACUCUGUCAACCUUGCUGGAGGUGGAUAGGGACCAUUUAAGGGAAUGAGGACUUGCCCUGGAGCUGACCUGGUGUUCCAGCUUCCUGAGAGCAGGCUUGCCCGAAACAGGUGAGCAGAAUGACAUUUCCCUGUCGGCCACAAAUAUUGGCAAAAGGAAUGGGGCAUGUGGAGAAGCCUUUAGCAGCGGGGAUGCUGAAAUCCUUGUUAGAAAUCAAGGUGCCCCAAAGAUCUGAUUUCUCUCUUUCCUUCCCCUGCUGCUAUGGGAGUCAAAGAGUAUUCCUGUCACCUUUAACAACAACUAGCAUAAGUAACAAUACUAUACUAUUUCCUCACUUACAAAAACCUUCUUCUGUGUGUUAUCUGCCAGCCCGUAGGCCAGUCCUAAUGGUUUUGUGUUCUAUUCCCUUUGAUAAGGAGGACCUACAAUUAGCUCUCCAUUAUAAAGCUUCUCCUUGUUAAUAGCCCCUGCCCUAAAAGCCCCUGUAAAUGAUGCAGUCAAUUAAAGAAGUGGAUAACCCACCCAAAGUAGGAUGUAGGGGAUCUUGGGCUUGGCUGAUAUUUUGGAAUGUGAACCAGAUACUAUUAAUGCUUGAAAAUAGCCAUGGCCACUCAUCACUCCUUUAUGCCAAUUGAUGUUUUUAUUUUAUAGCCCUUGGUUCUAAAGGGAAGUGUUGCAAGGAAACAUAAAACUCCAUUUUGAGAAAAAUAUAACCAUCUAAUCACAAAUUUUCUUUCUUAAGCCUCUCUCUCUCUCUCUCUCUUUUUUUUUUUUUUUUUUGAAUGGUGUGAAGGUAGGCUUUUUAUUCUGUUUGGUUUUUAUAAUUAAACUGUGCCUUAUAGGUGAUUUAGGUCCAAAUUUCCUGCUUUGUUUCAAAGUAUGCCUCUGAGAAAUUGUUUCUAUUGAUGGGUUAUAACAGUGGAUUCCAAGAGAUGGGCAGGGACUGGAGGUUAUUGAUUCGGUGGUGGAAAUGGUUCAGUGAGUUGUUUGUAUCUCUCCUUUUCACCCCGCAGGACUUUUUUUCUACUGGGGAAAGCACGGCGUAAAAACUAAAAUCGUAUUUAGUUUCUUGGGACACCUUCCUUUGUUGAAUAUUUUAUAUUUUUUCUCUUUUUGUUUUACUGCACAUUUAGGUGUGCAGCUGAACUGUUGAUAAAUCUGUACGACUAUGUAAGGACACAAUACCCAGGUGUAUCUUUUUCAAGUUAAGUCCAAUAAAUUUGACCCUGGAGCUAGCUCUCCCUUUACCUGUUUGAUAGGCCAGGACUCUGUCAAUGCGAUGCCUCUUGGCAUGCUUACCAGGCUUUGUAUUUUCUCAACUAAUUUCAGGACACUUGAGAACACAGGUUAACAUUUUGAAAACCUUCACUGUGUGACAGGGCCUCUCCUCGGUGCUAUGCAUCCUGAUCUCUAUCCUGACGGCGCUUUUGUGAGGGAGGCAAGGGAGAUGCUGAGGUUUUGGAGAGACCGGCCAAACUCCUCAAGCUGGCCUGGGGCAGAAUCGGGACUGUGCUGGACUCCAGAGUUUACUGUCUUAAACUCUGGCGGGGUAUUCCCUCUACCAUUACUGACUUAUCACAGAGGUUUAUUUUUUCUUAUUUGUAACUUACAUGAAAAGCUGAGAUAUAGAAUAUUAAAUUUCAUGCAGUAAAUGACUUGAUGAAGCACCAUCGUUGGAAAGAGCUCUUGGGAAAUCUGUAUUUAGCCGCUGCUCACUCACGAGAGCAAGGUACUAAUGUAGGAAUACGGAUAAGAUCGCCUUGCGCUGAAACAACUUUAAAUGCAAUCUACAAGGAGUCAGGGCUUUUAAAAGAGGGCGUGUCAUACAUUCAGGCUGAGGGAAGAACCAGGAAUUAUUAGAGCCAUUGAGAUUAGUGUGUGGACAGGACUUUGCCAGGAAAUGACCUAAAUUGACUUUUCUUCCUUGUGAGGCAGAAGGAGACCUUAAGAUCAAAGACUCUGGUCUGGAAUUGAUGGAGAAAUGCUUGCUACCUCUCCAGUUGGCUUUGGAAUCCAAGAAUGUGAAACUGGCCCAACAUGCCUUGGCAGGAAUACAGAAGCUUCUGUCAGAAGAGAGGUUUGUAUCCAUGGAAACAGAUUCUGAUGAGAAGCAGCUGCUCAAUCAGAUCCUGAAUGCCGUGAAAGUGACGCCUUCCCUCCAUGAAGACCUGCAGGUGGAAGUGAUGAAGGUUUUACUCUGCAUAACCUACACCCCGACCUUUGACCUGAAUGGGAGCGCAGUGCUGAAGAUCGCAGAGUUGUGUUUAGCAUGCCGUAAAGCUGGAUGUCCACAAAUGCAUGAAAUGGUCAAAAUGUGCGUUACGAAACUCCUCACUGCCCUGUGUCUUCGUGCGUUCCCUGGCGAGCAGGGGCCUGUGGCUUUUCACAAGGUGUGCAUUGAGACAUACAUAUGUAGCUGUCACCAGCGUAGUAUAAACACGGCUGUGCGGGCAACUCUCAGUCAAAUGCUGGGUGACUUGGCUUUACAGUUACGACAAAGGCAGGAAAAUACGAUUAUUGAAAACCCGGACGUCCCACAGGAAUUCAGGAAUCAAGGGUCAACAGUUGAGUCCCUUUGUGAUGACCUUGUCUCUGUGCUCACCGUUCUGUGUGAGAAGCUACAAGCCGCCAUCAACGACCAGCAGCAGCUACAGCUCCUGUACUCCGAGUGCAUCCUGUCCGUGCUCAGCAGCUCCUCCCCCUCCAUGCACCUGCACAGAGGUUUCACAGACCUGAUCUGGAAGAACCUUUGCCCUGCUCUCAUCGUGAUCCUGGGGAAUCCAAUUCAUGACAAAACCAUCACCUCCGCUCACAGCAGCAGCGCCGGUGCGGGCGUCGAGUCGGACUCUGCAUCUCCGGGAGUUUCCGACCACGGCCGGGGGUCGGGCUGCUCCUCCACGGCGCCAGCCCUGAGCGGGCCGGUGGCUCGGACCAUUUACUACAUCGCGGCCGAGCUGGUCCGGCUGGUGGGGUCGGUGGACUCCAUGAAGCCCGUGCUCCAGUCCCUGUAUCACCGGGUGCUGCUCUAUCCGCCACCCCAACACCGGGUGGAAGCCAUCAAAAUCAUGAAAGAGCUACUUGGGAGCCCACAGCGCCUCUGUGAUUUGGCAGGACCCGGCUCCACUGAACCAGAAUCCAGAAAAAGAUCAAUUUCAAAACGAAAGUCUCAUCUGGAUCUUCUCAAACUCAUCAUGGAUGGCAUGACCGAAGCGUGCAUCAAGGGCGGCAUCGAGGCGUGCUAUGCGGCCGUGUCCUGCGUCUGCACCUUGCUUGGGGCCUUGGACGAGCUGAGCCAGGGCAAGGGCUUGAGCGAAGGCCAGGUGCAGCUGCUGCUGCUGCGCCUGGAGGAGCUCAAGGACGGGGCUGAAUGGAGCCGGGACUCCAUGGAGAUCAACGAGGCCGACUUCCGCUGGCAGCGGCGCGUCCUGUCCUCCGAGCACACGCCGUGGGAGGCGGGGAACGAGAGGAGCCCGGACAUCAGCAUCAGUGUGACCACGGACACGGGCCAGACCACCCUGGAGGGCGAGCUGGGCCAGACCACGCCCGAGGACCGCUCCGACAACCACAAGCACAGCCUCAGGUCGCCGGCGCAGCCGGAGAGCAGGGAGAUGCUGAGCAAGGUGCCAGAGCCCGAGGCGGUUGACCAACCAGACGUGGUCCAGAGGAGCCACACGGUGGCUUACCCCGACAUAACGAACUUCCUGUCGGUGGACUGCAGGAUGAGGUCCUACGGCUCCCGGUACAGCGAGAGCAAUUUCAGCGUAGAUGACCAAGACCUCUCGCGGACCGAGUUCGACUCCUGCGACCAGUACUCAAUGGCAGCAGAGAAGGACUCGGGCAGGUCCGACGUGUCGGACAUCGGGUCGGACAACGGCUCCCUGGCCGACGAAGAGCAGACCCCUCGGGACUGCCUGGGCCACAGGUCCCUGCGGACUGCCGCUCUGUCCCUGAAACUGUUGAAGAACCAGGAGGCGGACCAGCACAGCGCCAGGCUGUUCCUGCAGGCCCUGGAGAGCCUCCUGCCCCGCCUGCUGGCUCUGCCCAGCGUGGAGGAGGUGGACUCGGCCCUCCAGAACUUCGCCUCCACCUUCUGCUCAGGCAUGAUGCACUCUCCCGGAUUCGAUGGGAGCGGCAGCCUCAGCUUGCAGAUGCUGAUGAACGCCGACAGCCUGUACACGGCCGCGCACUGCGCCCUGCUGCUCAACCUGAAGCUCUCCCACGGCGACUACUACCGGAAGCGGCCCACCCUGGCACCGGGCAUGAUAAAGGAGUUCAUGAAGCAGGUGCAGACCAGCGGGGUGCUGAUGGUUUUCUCCCAGGCCUGGAUCGAGGAACUCUACCAUCAGGUGCUCGACAGGAACAUGCUCGGAGAGGCUGGCUACUGGGGCAGCCCAGAGGAUAACAGCCUUCCCCUCAUCACCAUGCUGACCGACAUUGAUGGCUUAGAGAGCAGUGCGAUUGGGGGCCAGCUGAUGGCUUCAGCUUCUACGGAGUCUCCUUUCACCCAGGGCAGGAGAAUUGAGGACUCCACAGUGGCAGGUGUGGCGUUUGCUCGCUAUAUUCUGGUGGGCUGCUGGAAGAACUUGAUCGAUACUUUAUCAACCCCCCUGACUGGCCGCAUGGCAGGAAGCUCCAAAGGGUUGGCCUUCAUUCUGGGAGCUGAAGGCGUCAAAGAGCAGAACCAAAAGGAACGUGAUGCCAUCUGCAUGAGCCUCGAUGGGCUGCGGAAAGCAGCGCGGCUGAGCUGUGCUCUAGGAGUUGCAGCUAACUGCGCCUCGGCCCUUGCCCAGAUGACAGCUGCCUCCUGUGUCCAGGAAGAAAAAGAGGAAAAGGAAGCCCAAGAGCCCAGUGAUGCCAUAGCACAAGUGAAACUCAAAGUGGAGCAGAAACUGGAACAGAUCGGGAAGCUGCAGGGGGUCUGGCUGCACACAGCCCACGUCUUGUGCAUGGAUGCCAUCCUCAGCGUAGGCCUGGAGAUGGGGAGCCACAACCCAGACUGCUGGCCACACGUGUUCAGGGUCUGCGAGUACGUGGGCACGUUAGAACACACCCAUUUCAGCGCUGGCACCCCUCAGCCCCCUCUGACCAUCAGCCAACCCCAGAGGGCGCCGGGGGACUCUGGACUCCUUGGCGACCCAGAGCGUGAGGACUUGGCUGCGGAGCAGAACCUGGAGCCGGAGAGCUCCCUGAGCGCGGCCCCUGUCAUCCAGCCCCUCUCCAUCCAAGAGCUGGUCAGGCAAGGCAGCCGAGGCCGGGCCUCCGACUUCCGCGGGGGCGGCCUCAUGACAGGGAGCAGUGCGGCCAAGGCCGUGCUCACACUGUCCACCCAGGCCGACAGGCUCUUUGAAGAUGCUACGGAUAAGUUGAACCUCACAGCUUUGGGAGGGUUCCUUUAUCAGCUGAAGAAAGCAUCGCAGUCCCAGCUCUUCCAUUCUGUCACGGACACAGUCGAUUACUCUCUGGCAAUGCCAGGAGAAGUUAAAUCCACCCAAGACCGGAAAAGUGCCCUGCACCUGUUCCGCCUUGGGGAUGCCAUGCUGAGGAUCGUGCGGAGCAAAUCGCGGCCGCUGCUCCACGUGAUGCGCUGCUGGAGCCUGGUGGCCCCGCACCUGGUGGAGGCUGCCUGCCAUAAGGAAAGACACGUGUCUCAGAAGGCUGUUUCCUUCAUCCACGACAUACUGACGGAGGUCCUCACCGACUGGAACGAGCCGCCCCAUUUUCACUUCAACGAAGCCCUCUUCCGGCCUUUUGAGCGCAUCAUGCAACUGGAGUUGUGCGACGAGGACGUCCAGGACCAGGUUGUCACAUCCAUCGGCGAGCUGGUUGAAGUGUGUUCCACCCAGAUCCAGUCAGGAUGGAGGUCCUUGUUCAGUGCCCUGGAAACGGUGCACAGUGGGAACAAGUCUGAAGUGAAGGAGUAUCUGGUUGGUGAUUACUCCAUGGGAAAAGGCCAAGCUCCGGUGUUUGAUGUAUUUGAAGCUUUUCUCAAUACCGACAACAUCCAGGUCUUCGCCAAUGCAGCCACGAGUUACAUCAUGUGCCUUAUGAAGUUUGUCAAAGGACUGGGGGAAGUGGACUGUAAAGAAAUAGGAGACUGUGUCCCAGGACCGGGAGCCACGUCCCCAGACCUGUGCCUGCCUGCCCUGGAUUACCUCCGGCGCUGCUCUCAGUUACUGGCCAAAAUCUACAAAAUGCCGUUGAAGCCAAUAUUCCUUAGUGGGCGACUCGCUAGCUUGCCUCGAAGACUUCAGGAGCAGUCGGCGAGCAGUGAGGAUGGCAUUGAGUCAGUCCUGUCUGAUUUUGAUGACGACACUGGGCUGAUAGAAGUCUGGAUCAUCCUGCUGGAGCAGCUAACAGCAGCUGUGUCCAACUGUCCACGUCAGCAUCAGCCACCAACCCUGGAUUUACUCUUUGAGCUGUUGAGAGAUGUUACCAAAACGCCUGGACCCGGGUUUGGGAUCUAUGCGGUGGUUCACCUUCUCCUCCCUGUGAUGUCCCUUUGGCUCCGUCGUAGCCAUAAAGACCAUUCGUACUGGGAUGUGGCUUCUGCUAAUUUCAAGCAUGCCAUUGGCCUGUCCUGUGAGCUGGUGGUGGAACACAUUCAAAGCUUUAUACACUCAGACAUCAGGUAUGAGAGCAUGAUCAACACGAUGCUGAAGGACCUGUUUGAGUUACUGGUGGCGUGUGUGGCCAAGCCCACAGAGACCAUCUCCAGGGUGGGCUGCUCCUGUAUUAGGUAUGUCCUCGUCACGGCGGGCCCUGUGUUCACCGAGGAGAUGUGGAGGCUCGCGUGCUGUGCCCUGCAGGACGCGUUCUCCGCCACGCUCAAGCCGGUGAAGGAUCUGCUGGGCUGCUUCCACAGUGGCACGGAAAGCUUCAGUGGGGAAGGCUGCCAGGUGAGGGUGGCGGCCCCCUCCUCCUCCCCCAGUGCGGAGGCCGAGUACUGGCGCAUUCGAGCCAUGGCUCAGCAGGUGUUUAUGUUGGACACCCAGUGCUCACCAAAGACUCCAAACAACUUCGACCACGCUCAGUCCUGUCAGCUCAUUAUUGAGCUGCCUCCCGAUGAGAAGCCAAAUGGACAUACCAAGAAAAGCGUUUCUUUCAGGGAAAUUGUGGUGAGCCUGCUCUCGCAUCAAGUGUUGCUCCAGAACUUGUACGACAUCUUGUUAGAAGAGUUCGUCAAGGGCCCCUCCCCCGGGGAGGAGAAGACGGUCCAGGUGCCCGAGGCCAAGCUGGCCGGCUUCCUCAGGUACAUCUCCAUGCAGAACUUGGCGGUCAUCUUCGACCUGCUGCUGGACUCGUAUAGGACGGCGAGAGAGUUCGACACCAGCCCUGGGCUGAAGUGCCUGCUGAAGAAGGUGUCUGGGAUCGGAGGCGCCGCCAACCUCUACCGCCAGUCCGCGAUGAGUUUUAACAUUUACUUCCACGCGCUCGUCUGCGCGGUCCUCACCAACCAAGAAACCAUCACGGCCGAGCAAGUGAAGAAAGUCCUUUUCGAGGACGACGAGAGAAGCACGGACUCCUCCCAGCAGUGCUCUUCAGAAGACGAAGACAUUUUUGAGGAGACGGCCCAGGUGAGCCCCCCGAGAGGCAAGGAGAAGAGGCAGUGGAGGGCCCGGAUGCCGUCGCUAAGUGUCCAGCCCAUCAGCAACGCGGACUGGGUGUGGCUGGUCAAGAGGCUGCACCAGCUGUGCAUGGAGCUGUCCACCAACUACAUCCAGAUGCACCUGGACCUGGAGAACAGCAUGGAGGAGGCUCCCAUCUUCAAGAGUGACCCGUUCUUCAUCCUUCCGUCCUUCCAGUCGGAGUCCUCCACCCCAUCCACCGGGGGGUUCUCGGGGAAAGACACGCCUUCUGAGGACGACCGGAGCCAGACGCGGGAUCACGCCGGCGAGCCGGGGAGCCUGCGGGCCGGCAGCGGGGACAUGCUGCUGCCCCCCAGCCCCAAGGUGGAGAAGAAGGAUCCCAGCCGGAAGAAAGAAUGGUGGGAGAACGCGGGGAACAGAAUCUACACAAUGGCGGCCGACAAAACCAUUUCCAAGUUGAUGACUGAAUACAAAAAGAGGAAACAGCAGCAUAACCUGCCCACGUUCCCCAAAGAGGGCAAAGCGGAGAAGAAGGGCGAGCCACUGGGUCCACGGGGCCAGGACUCCCCGCUGCUUCAGCGUCCCCAGCACUUGGUAGACCAAGGGCAGAUGCGGCAUUCCUUCAGCGCGGGCCCUGAGCUCCUGCGACAGGAGAAGAGGCCCCGCUCUGGCUCCACCGGGAGCUCCCUGAGUGUGUCCGGGAGGGACGCCGAGGCACAGAUCCAGGCAUGGACCAACAUGAUGCUAACAGUUCUCAACCAGAUUCAGAUCCUUCCAGACCAGACCUUCACGGCUCUCCAGCCUGCAGUGUUCCCGUGCAUCAGCCAGCUGACCUGUCACGUGACCGACAUCCGCGUGCGCCAGGCCGUGAGAGAAUGGCUGGGCAGAGUGGGCCGGGUCUACGACAUCAUCGUGUAGACGACUCACUUUGAGGAAGUUCAGUAGCAAGGGUUAGAGAGUGCCUGCCAGUCUGACUGAUCGCGUUAUCCCCACCACCAGCCCCACCAAAACAAGUGUCUCAGAGAACAAUCUGUUGCUCCCUAACACUGGGGCCAACCUGGGCACUAACCUUGUAUCUGGAUGACACAACUGAGACUCUGAUUUUGCACAUUAUUGCAGAAGAGUCUCCAUUCCUUGAUACGUUUCUAAAUCUUGAUGUUUAUUUCCCAGUGCUUUUGCUUGCGAUGUUAUUCCCAAAAGGAUCCCUUUCCAGGACUACCCCUUUGAAAACACUACAUUGACCUAUGAUUUUUUUUUUUUUUUUUUAGUGGAAAUGUUAAGGAAAUAUCUGCUGGUAAGUCAAGCUGAUGUGUAAGCACUCAGGCAUCUAGUAAAGACAUUCACUGGAGGAAGAUUUUCUAUUAUGAUUAUGGGCUUAUUAGCAGCUGGAAAAACAUUCUUGGGGGUCAUAAUCAAGAAAGGGAUGGCUUCCUCUGUAAAAUAUCCCAGAACAUUUCAAAGUCAUCCCAAACUGUCAAGAUUUUCCAGUUGGUAUUCACCAACUUCUUCUAAGGUACGUUUGUGCCUUUAUUUCCCUAUUUCUAAAGGAAGAAAAUGCUUCCCUGGCAGGGUUUUAAGUCUACGGGCUGGCAGCCUUUGACACACAGAUUGGCUGACACAGAUGUUGCCAAGAGACAGACUGACCAGCCACCCUGGCUUCCCAUUAGUCUUUGCUUUUGCUCCCAAGGCAAAACAGGAAAGGGAAAGAAAAAAUGGUGCCUUAGUUUUUUGUUGCACAGACAUUUCUAUGCUCCACAGUUACCUGAACAUAGGGCAGAACCUUGGGUUUUUAAGGAAACAAAACGUUAAAAUGCAACUCAUUUUGUAUCCGCACCUUCGGAGGAAAGGACUCCGUUCUCUGUCCAGUGAGCAGACUUCUCAGGGAACGGGGCAGGAAGUGUGGGGUAGGGAGACAGCUGGAAGGGGUGAGAAAAGAGAUUGUGACGAAGUCAUUUUAAACCUGAAAAUAUUAUACAAGCAUCACAUAAAAUGAGGGUGUCAGGCAUACAAGCUCUGGUCUCGGAAGAAAAUAGAACCAAAGGAGAAGGGGACACAGAAUGAAAUUUAGGAAAUUAAGUUUUUCAAUUUCAAACACUUCUCCUCUCUGGCAAGUAAAUUUACUUAUGUCUGGUGUCUUUCCAGGCUGUUAUUUUACACGAGUAUUUCUUUUAGAUAUCACUAGGAAAUCAAUUCGGAAACUUUAUCAUAUUUACAGUACACUUAAUAGUUCUUCAGUUAUAAUGAUCGAAACUCAUCAAGCCCACUCGUGUACAUUCUAGAAAGUAGAGUUUGUUGCUAAGAUACAUUAUCAUUUUCCCACCCCUAAAAACGUGUUCACAAUGGAAUGUCAUUGAAAAAUAAAACAUCAACUCUUCAGUACAGAAGUAAGAAUUUCAAACCAACAACUUUGCUCAGUGCUAGUAUUUGUAAACUUCAUCUUAACCUUGUAGAUAUUUACAUAUUUCUCAAGGAAGACAGAGUUCCCUGAUUUAUUUAGGCAAUCUCAAAGAACCCCAUCAUUUCGUAUGCCAUCCAGAGAUCACAGCAAAAUCCAGAAGGCAUUUUGUCCAGUUCCACAAAACCCUCUCUUUGCCUUCAGGUGUUGCUCAUUAGACAACAAUUCAAGUAUAAACACAGAUCAACUAUUUGAUCUUGAGCAGUGAAUUGUUGGAACAGCAAUGUAUUUAAGAGUAUUCUAUACUUUUAAACUUUUUCUAUUUUGGAAGUAGAAUGGAAAGUCAGAUACUUUUCCUUUGUUUUCACAAUAACCACAAAAAGAAACAGAACCACCGUGAUAUACUGCUUCUCUGAGGUUUACUUCCCCUUUGUGAACCCAUGAGGACUACAAAAUUAACUUGGUGGGGGUGAGGGCCAUGGGGUGGGGUAGGGAGGAAGCUUCAGAGAAGCAGAUUGUCAAAUCCAUGAUUAUAACAUGUUUACAUGUAGCAACUUUUUAUAUAGCAUAAAAAUUCAAAGCCAGUCUCAAUUUAGAAUGUCAUGUCCCAGAAUAUGUUAGUUGUUUGGAAAUCAGAAUUCAUUCUCCCAUAGACUCUCUCUCAUGAGAUCCAAGGCUAGUUUAUGAAAAUAAAUUUACCCCGUACUAUGUGCAAACACUGCUCUGAGACUAGGACUCAUUAUAGGUUCGAAGAGUGAAAAAGUGAGAAAACGUGCAUAGCUCUUUACCUACAAUUUUGUAAGAGGGUUUUAGCCCUUUCCCAUCAUCUAUUCUAUAGCCUACCCCGAGGCCCAUAUUGGUCUCAGCUCACCUUGAUACUUCCCAGAGGUAUUUGCUGUUGUCAAGAGGACAUCGCCGGAGACAAAUAAUCUCUAACAAAUAGGACUUCAGGUCACAAUGACGUCCUUCGACUUCAGGAGUGGAGAGGAAAGGGAAAUAAUUAGGGACCCUCGGUAGAUGAGUGGUCCCUUCCCUGUUUGGCCCCUCACACACUUCCAGUGUCUGGGUUUCUGCCUCUCUCCCUCUCUUCCUUCACUCCAUCUCUCCUAAGGUCUCUGAAAGACCAAGGUCAAGACAGCCUUUGUGGCAAAAACAGUCAUGACCAUGUAUUUACUGAUCUAAGCAGAAUAAGAUUUUGCACGUCACUUUCAGUUGCCUGUAUUUACUGCCCAAAGUGUGUUACCCUACGACUGAGACGUACUCUCUUUUUCUAAUAUUUUGGUAAAGUGUGCAUCAUGAAAAUACCUAGAAAAUUCAAAGUGUUUAGGAAUUCCUGACAGCCAAGUAGACCACACGCAUCAUCAGAUUUCUCCUUGCCAUGAGGACAUAGGUUUGAUGGAGGGCCAGCGUCUCGCCUAGCUCUUGCCUCUCCUGAUUAGCUUCUAAAAAUGCUUAGGCUGCUUCCUUACACCAUGUUGCCAUCUCUCCCCUUAUGAUUAUUUUCUAGCCUCCUCCAUCAAUAUACAACUAGGGCACUUUCUACUAUCUUUACGCUAUGUAAUGACCAAGGCAGAUGCUAACCUAUAUAAUGGCUCAGAUUAAAUUAUUUUCAAACAUGACAGAAUAUUAACAUAAUUCAAAAGCACCUUUAAAUGGAAACUUCUUGGUACAGUGUCACCAGGCUUUUAGUUCUUGUUGUUUCAAGGUUUAUACAGAGCCCGUUGAGACCAUCAAGUAGCCUUCACUGCCAGAACGUAAUGCAAUCAUAUGACAGAGAUCCCUGACUUUCCCCAAAUAUAUCACAGGGCUGCUUCUGCAAGAAGGUUUUCUUUCUCAGAAAAGAAAAUCCAUUUGUGUCCACCCCAUCAGACUAAGCAGAGUGAAGACCUUAGUUUGGAGCCGGUAACAAUUGCAAGAGGUUACAGACGACAGGGAGGAGGUGACAUUUGUUGAAUGCCACCGUGACCGGAGACCUGAACCUACAUUACCCUUUAGCUCUCACGAUAACCUUGUCAAACAGGUUCUGUUUUCCUCAUUUUUUUUCAGAUGAGGACACAGACCCAGAGAGGUUAAGAUAUUUGCCCAAGAUCACCAGUAAAUGGCACCGUUGGUUGCAAAAGAGGUGUUCCUGAAUUCAAAGGCCAUGCUCUGUCUACAAUACAAUGCUCUAAGGACACAGAGUGAAUACAUGAGUGUUGCCAGGAAUUAAACAGUGAAAAUGAGUUGAAAGUAUUUAAUCGAUGUCCCAUAUCUGCAAUCCUAGGAGGAUUUUUUCAAAUAGGGUUUUAAAAACGUGUUCGUUCAUAGAAAGAUCAUACAUAAUAUAAUGUUUUGGGGUGUUUGAAAAUAAAAUAAGGUCUGAACUUUAGUCUUAAAGCAGACCCUCAGUGGUAAUUUAGAAAACUUGCCAAAUUAGCCGGAAGUGAUGGAAUACUACUAUUCGGGGCCAGCUGUUCUGCAGGUAUGCAUGGCAGUCUGUGUCCGGAAGGACACGCACGAUUGGUAAACUUUUCUCAAUUGCCGUUUAAUCACUCAGAAUCAAGUGCCCUGUAGCCAACAGUGCCUCUCUACUUGCUUCCCUGGGAAGUAGAUGGCAGUAAAAGUCAUCAUCGAAGUUUGAGAAUAUGCAGAAUCAGUUCUAACCAGUUUUCCACUGCACUCUCUGAAAAGGAAGCGACAGGUAGGACAAGAUUGUUUAAAGACCCAGGUACUGAGGGCAUCAGGUCAAUAUCCACCAUGUGCCAUAUGCCUCAAUAUUUCUACAUACUCUGCAGACAAGGAAACAGACGUAAGGAAAAUCCAACAUAUGACAUUCAGCGGGUGACAGAACUUGGAUAUGCAUGGGUACCACUUAGGUGAUCCUGGUGACAUUUAGUGUGGCCUUAGAAAAAGCAAGAGACUCUCUUUAAGCACUUUUUAUUGGAAAAAGGAGCUUGUUAUGGGGCAAGAUUUAAUGAAAUCAGUAAAGAACUCAUAAUUAUGCUUCAUCAAAGAAAAAAACUAUGUUCAUUCAUAGUGGAACAAUCUAGCAAAUGGUCUCUCUCCUUUUAUGAGAUCCUCUUCCUCUGCUUAUAAUGUUUAUAUUUGAUGUGGAAGUAACUAAAAUUUUAAUACAGAGUUUUGGACUAGAACACCAUUUAGAUUUCCAAAAUACAAUCAUUGCUUCAGGGAAAACAGACCAAAAAAAAAAAAAAAAUUAUCCCGGGGGAUAAUUUAUGAGAAGCUCAGUUGAGAACAAUAUUCAAUUUCCUUGUUAACAAUGGCACCUCUUACUAAUUGAGGAAAAUGCAAUACAAUACCACUAGCACCAUAUAAAACCUUUCCCCUGUAUCUUUGUGUAAUAAUGCGUGAGGGUUCCAGGGAGGAGAGACUAGCUGACCAUCUUAGUAACAAAAUUACAGUCAGCUACUGGUGCAUCCCAUCCAGGUAUGGUCCUUCCAGCUUGUCAACCACCAAGAAUUGCUGCGUAUUAUUAGUUCCUAUCCUAAAGUUUUUAGUGGUUGUUGUCUAGUAUCUUUUGACUUUGCUCUUAGGUGGUUCUCAAACUUUGGCCCACAUCAGGAUCACCUGGAGGGCUUGUUAAAACCCAGGUCGUUGGGCCCAUGCCCACGGUUUCAGAUUCAGUAGGUCUGGAAAUUUCCAUUUCUAAUAAGUCCCCAGGUGAGGUCAGUGCUGCUGGUCUGGGGACCACAUUUUGAGAACUGGCUUGAAAAAAUUUCCAACUACUGCCUAUGAGAUCAGCCUGACUUAUCAAGCUCUAUAGAAACAUCGAACUGAAUCUUGGGCAGACACCUUGGGAUUGGAUUCUCUACAGCAUUCCUACUCAAUCUUCCCAGUUUCUAGGUUUAUUAUGCCAACAAUUAGGUUUUUCUUUUUACAAGCUAGAAGACAAUGAAUGUAUAAGUUCAAUGAAACAGUGAAUUCUGUGUAAGCUUCUCGUCUUUGUAUUUAGAAACACUGGUUAUGGAUGAUCAUUUGUAUGAUGUUGACCCUUUGACUUGUACUGAGGUGAUUUUAAAUUUCAAUAUGUAGUGUUUGAGUUUCUUCUGUCAUUACAGUUUUAAUGAGACGUUUCCAUCUCAACUCCAUCACAACUUUGGCUCCUGGCUUCCAGAAGUUUUGAGUAGUUGCUUGCUUGCCAGUAGGUUUCUCUCUCUCAUUAGUCACCCAAAUAUCAACACUUCAAAAUGGUAUUACACUAUUAGACGUAGCUUCAUCUUAACUGUCUGGUGUAAAUUAAUAUUUUAAUUCUUAUGUACCUGUGAAGAGUCUACCAAGUGGCUUCAUGGAAAUUUGCAAACUGAACAACUCCCUUUUGAGCAGUACAUGUGCCUGUUUGAAGGACUUUUUGGUAAGUGUGUUUGUGUUCAUACCUGCACAGUGGAGACCGUACUCAUUAUCUCAUCUUCCAGUGAUGGGAGAAAUGUACACGGGCAUCAGCAGGCUUUGGGAAUACAGUGAAAUUAUGUUAACUUAAAUAUAGGUGGGGCCUAUGUUUCUUAACACCUCGUCUGAUUAGCUCACUUUGGAAAUUCUUUUUUCCACCAAAAAAAGAAUAAUCAGGGAAUAAUUCAAGAGAAAAAAAUUAAGUACCUUAAAAUUAUCAUCCAUGUAUAAAUUAUAUUAAUUAUAUCAUUCUGAUUGAUUUCAUAUUCUCUAAAGCCUUCUGCUUAAAUACGCUGACAUCAUUUAAAUUACUUUAGACUGUUGUAUGAAUAGAAAUGACUAUAUUUACGAGAGUUAGUGAGAUCAGAAAGCAUAUCAAAGGGUUGAUGGUAUUAAGGAGUCAAGUUCUUGCCUCUGUGGAUGGAAAUAAUUGUUUCAGUUCACAUUUGUUUUCCAUAAUCUGUUUUGGAAACUCUGUGUGCAUUUAAUAGUUCUUUUAAUAGUCAUUGGUUUUCAAAUUAAAUUUAAAAUAUUAAUCUCUAGGAAUAA